AGUUUUUCUGAUUGGUUUAUGACUUUAUUCGGUGAUAAUAUGAAAAUUCCUAUCUUCACUGAAGGAUCUGAAUAAUCAUUUUAACUCAACUAUAUUGCAUUCUUGAAAGUAAUCCUUUCAAUUGAUCUACUGACUUCACAAUGUCUGAAAUCAGAUUCACCAAUCUCACUUGGGAUCAAGUUAAAACACUGGAUCAAGUGUUAGAUGAAGUAAUUCCAAUUCAUGGAAAGGGGAAUUUCCCCACAAUGGAGGUAAAACCAAAAGACAUCAUUCAUGUUGUGAAAGAUCAACUCAUAGGGCAAGGAAUUAUUGUUAAAGAUGCCAGAUUGAAUGGUUCCAUAGCAAGUUACAUACUUGCAAGCCAUAAUGGAAUCAGCUAUAAGGAUCUGGACAUUAUUUUUGGUGUUGAGCUUCCAAGUAACGAAGAAUUUCAGGUUGUUAAGGAUGCAGUUCUAGGUUGUCUACUUGACUUUUUACCAAAAGGUGUAAAGAAAGAAAAGAUCUCCCCAGAUAUCAUGAAAGAGGCUUACGUACAGAAAUUCAUCAAGGUUUGCAAUGGGCAUGAUUGUUGGAGUCUUAUCUCCCUUUCAAAUAACACUGGAAAGAAUUUAGAACUAAAAUUUGUGAGUUCACUCAGACGGCAGUUUGAAUUUAGUGUAGAUUCCUUUCAAAUUGUUUUGGAUCCCAUGUUAGACUUCUACAAUGACAAAAAUGCCAAGCUAACCAAAGAGUCCUAUCCUGUUGUGGUAGCUGAAAGCAUGUAUGGAGACUUCCAGGAAGCAAUGACGCAUCUGCAACACAAGCUCAUAUCUACCAGGAAACCUGAAGAGAUUAGAGGUGGUGGCCUUCUGAAGUACUGCAACUUGCUGGUUCAUGGCUUCAAACCAGCCUGUAUGUCAGAAAUCAAAAACCUAGAACGUUACAUGUGCUCUAGAUUCUUUAUUGAUUUUCCUCGUAUAGAAGAACAACAAAAGAAAAUUGAAUCAUACCUCCAAAACCAUUUCAUAGGUGAAGGAAUGACCAAGUAUGACUACCUUAUGACCUUGCGUGGAGUUGUGAAUGAAAGCACCGUUUGUCUCAUGAGUCGUGAAAGAAGACAGAUUCUCCACCUGAUCACCAUGAUGGCUUUGAAAGUACUUGGAGAACUGAAUAUUCUACCCAAUACAGAAAAGGUAACUUGCUUUUAUCAGCCUGCUCCGUACUUUGUGGCUGAGGCAUGGUACCCUACUUAUGUAACAUCUGAGCCAUCCCCCAUUAUCUUCCAGCCAUACCACCCACUGUACUUUCAUGGGUCAAAUGGUAUGGGUUAAAAAAUACACAUGCAACAAUAGAAACUUUGCUUUAAUUAAACACCACUUAAAAGCAAGUUUCCAAAUAUAAAAUUCAAGAUCUAUUCUUAUUUUUGUAAAGUUACCAAUUAUUUUCAAUUACAGUUGAUGGAAUAGCAGUUACCAAUAAUUUUUGAUCAAUUAAGCCAUCAUAUUAAAUACAAUAUCUAUAAACCAACCACUUUAAAUGUUUUUCAAAUGUUAUUGACUAGCUAUAAUAACUUUCAAAUGUUGUAUUCCUCUUGAAAUGAUUUUCAAAUCUUUUGACUACUUGUGACUUUCAAAUUUACUGUGACAAGCAUAUCAGAGAUGCCUGCAUCUUUGACUAAAAUAUAAAAGGACAGAUUCAUGUUUUAAAAUUACAAUGUACAGUGACGUACCAAAUUUUUUAUAUUCAGUCAGUUCCUUUGUUACAUUUAGUUAUUUUUUUCUAUUGAAUAAUAUCAUCAAUACAUUUUCAGUACUUAACAGAAAUGCCUAAUUUCAAAAGCAACAGAUUCAGAAGACAUUAAAACCCUGGACUUUUCAAGCAAUUUUUGACAAUUAAAUUGGGUCGGAUACAAAAAUCCUUCUAUAGUUUAAAGGAAUGCUGGAAAAAAAUGGUUCUGGAAAGCCUUGGACAUUAGUAAUUUGUCAUCUACAUAAUAAAACAUUUAGUUAAUUUGUGGAUUUGAAUAACAAUACCAUACAGCUGUGCAACUACUACUGAGAUCAGAUACCGGGUUUUUUGCCCCUCAAAAUAAGUUAAAACAAAUGAAAAUGACCAGCUCUGAAUGUGAAAGCUUUCUAUCAUCAUUUACUACUAUAAAGAGACUGUAAAUGGCAAACAGGAAAAAACAGGCAGAGGUUUAUAGCCAUAGCAUUUACCAUUUUGUGGCCUAUUUGAAAAACAUCUUUUCCAUUUCAGUAAGUUAAUAUAUUUUCAUUGUAACUAAAUGAAACAGGUUUUUCAUUUUGCCUUUACCAAAGAUCAUUUUCUAACAUGCCACUCAAGUGCCUCCUUGUGUGAAUUUUUGCAUAACACUAUAAUUUAUUCAACAACUGUGUAUAUUUACAAUAUAUCUAAAUAUAUACUUACUACAUCAAGUAUGCUGCUAGAAAAAUCUACCAGUGGGAUUAAAAAUGUAUUUUCUUCCCAUAAUGAAAAUAAUCCAUGACCAAUAUUAUCUGAAGUGUCAGAAGGGGAGCUGUCUUGAAUUAAUAUGGAUCAGGCCAUUGGAAAACUUCAAUAUUUCCACUUGGUUAUGAUUUUUUCUGAGUUUCCAUUUCAGUUUUUAUUGACCAUCACAUGUUUUUUAUCACAACGUGACCUGACAUUUGUAUCCUGAUAAUUUGCCAGUUAUAGACUGUGCUUAACCUAUCUUCACUGUACUACAAUAUUGGACAGAAGUACACCAAAUAUGGCAUUUUCAAAUAACCAAUAUUUUUGAGAUGUUUUAUACCACAGCACGAGUGGCCAUCAGUAUAUUUUUAAAGAAUUAUAUAUCACAGAACCCUGAAGCUUUAAAACACUAUGGACUUACCACUUUCUUGACAAAUAAAUAAUUUAUAAAUACAAUAAAAUAUUUAGAAAUGAAAGGAC